AGAAAUGGGAUCCGGAAGAGGCUUCUCGCGCAGCAUCCUAUCAGUCAGUCUAGGGUUUUUCUUUCUUCCGAUCAGCCAACAGGGAAGGCGCAAUGGGCGUAUUCACAUUUGUGUGCAGGAGCAGUGGUGGUGAGUGGACUGCUAAGCAAUACGAGGGCGGCCUCGAGGCCUCCGCUCCUUCUACUUACGAACUACAACGAAAGCUCGUUCAGGCCGCUACUGCCGUCGACUCUUCCGGUGGUGUUCAAUCCUCUUUCGCUACCGUCUCUCCUUCCUCUGCCAUAUUCCAGGUGAUCAUUGGCGGCAGUGUUGGUGGAGGUUCUGCCGGAGGAGCAGCCGGAGGAGCCAGUGCCGGAGGUGCUGCUGCUCCAGCUGCUGAGGCACCCCCAGCAGAGGAGAAGAAGGAAGAAGUCGAGGAGGAAGAUGAUGAUUUGGGAUUGUCUCUUUUCGAUUAGAUACUGUUAGUUGAUUUCAAUUUUUCCUACCAUAUUUGAACUUUUAGCUGAUUUCUUUUUACAUGUUGAGACAUUAAUGGAGGUGUUAGUCAUGUGUUAGAGGAAGAAGAUAUGUUGAUCAAAGAGAUCUUUAUUUGAAAAGUUUUGUUUUGGAUUUCUUGUUGAAAAGCUUAUCUGUUGAAUAUGAUUGCCUUAUAACUGGA